AGUGUUCCUUUAACUUCUGGUGGCUGUUUGUGUCCCUGCAACCCCAAAUUUGCUCCCUGGCUAGCGGUAAUUUCUGCGGCGCAGGAAGCCGUUGGGUAACGCAUUCUCUGGCAGCAGGCACGAUGUGCAGAGAAGUUUUAAAAACACCAAAUUACAGAGGGUAAAACACUGUUGCAAACAAAGCCCUCACAAUGUUUCUCACACUAAUGAUGAGGAGACCUGGAGCUUUGUGUUUAACUUCAUGGAUCGCAGCAGGAAUUGGAGUUCUGUGUUUAACCUUCUUCCAGUCAGCAGACUCUGGGUCGGACUGUGAGCUUGGCGAGAGGUGCAUUGGACAGAGCAAUGAAAACUUUAGCAGCUGGUACGUGUGGUUCCUGGUGUUGUUUUUCCUGGCCGUGCUCCUGUCCUGCGGGAUCUGCUGCUGCCUGCAGUGCUGGCUGAAGCGGCGGAGCUGCCUCCCCCGACGCACCAUGGCUGUCUUUGCCCUCAGCAGCUCGGAUUCCUUUUGUGCUACUGAAGCACCUCCGUGCCCAUUCUCUGGAUCCCUGAGCCCCUGCAUGGCUGCAGAGAUUUCCUCUUCUCCUGCCCCAUGCUUCAGCCUUGGGGGAACUGAAUUGCCUCCAUCUUAUGAGGAUGUUAUGAAGGAAAACAAGCUCUAG